CCACCUCAGCUGUUUAAAGUCGAAUUGAAAUUCUUUCUGCAAUUAUCAACUUUGUAAGAUAAAAGCGAGAAAGAAAAAAGAUAGAAAAUCGAAGGAAUUCAAUCGAAAUGACUACGAAAGUUGUGAAAAAGGAAUUACUGAACGAUGAUAUUAAGGAAUUCGGUGAGGAUGCUGCAACAGCAAUUAAUGAACUGUUGGGCUUAUAUGGUUAUGAAGAUGACACAAAACGAAAUGAAUUAACUGUGAAAUUCCAUCGAAAUAGCUGUAAAAAAAUUGCCAAUAUUUCACAAAAGCUUUUGGAUUCAAAGCGACAGAUGAGACGAAGUGAAAGCGAAAGUAUAAAGUCGCAGGUGAACGAAUAUUCAUCGGUAUCAUCGGAAAGGGACGGGAGUUCGUCGGGAGAAAGUUCAAAAAGCCCUCUGGCGCUUAAACUUGGAGAGAAAGAUGAAAAUAAUUGCUCGUGGUGUCAUCAUGAUAUCAGCCCGACCUCUACAGAAAUCAUUGGAUCGCAAGGAACCGUUUUCUGUUCUGAAAAUUGUUUCCUUUUCUGGCGUCGAGCAUCUUUCAAACGCGCUAAGACAUGUGAUUACUGCAAAAGUGUUCGGAAUGCCGUUAGUUACGUUGAUUUCAAUGAUGGCGCUACUCAACUUCAGUUUUGCAGUGAUAAAUGUCUAAAUCAAUACAAAAUGCAAAUAUUUUGCCGAGAAACGCAAGCACAUCUUGAACUAAAUCCACAUCUUAAGGAGACAAAAGAAGUUGGUGAAAGCUUAAUAACACCUGAUUUAUGGCUGAAGAAUUGUCGUUCAAGGUCGCCAUCACCAGAUGCAUUGCCUCGAAGUCCCACACCACCAACAGCAACAGCAGUUGAGAAACCUACAACAAUGACGAAAAUAAUUGUCACUCAGUCUCAACCCUCAUCAUCGUCAACAAUCACAUCAAGCUCGCGUAUGCCACCCCCGCCUCCACCUGAUGAUCCAAACCACUAUCAAUAUCAUCAAAUGAACAACAUGAACUCGUUGGUGCCCCCGCCAGUGAUUCUCGUACCGCACCCCGUGAUACUGCCGAUAGUCAUCCCCGUUCCACUUCCAUUAUCAGCUUUCUGGAAUGCCUAUCGAACAAAGAAAUCUUCAACCGAAACGACUGAACACGAUAAUGACACUCAUCGUCGUGAUGGAGAAGAAGCAGUAGUAUUGCCGGCGAUGGAGAAAACGGAAGAAAGUGAAGAACAACCACUUGAUUACACAACUUCAAAAUCUCCCGAGAAUAAUGAUAACAAUUUACCCUUACACGAUGAUGAUGAUGAUCAUCGUGAAAAUGAAAAUGAGAAUGAAAACGGAAUCGAU